AUGGAAAAUGAGCCGGCGCAUGAACCGCGCGGUCAGAAGACUUUACAGUCGAAGCCCUCAACUUGGUAUCCAGGCGAGGCGAGAAACAUAGCAAAGUUUCCCAAUGUUCUUGGUGCAAUAGAUUGCACGCAUGUCCGUAUACAAUCCCCGGGUGGAGACAACGGAGAAUUGUUUCGAAACAGAAAAUUAUACUUUUCAUUGAGUGUUCGGAUCUUCUCACGACAGCACCAAACUGAAGCUGAGAGACUAUACAAUGAGUCAGAAAUACGACCUCGAAAUACAAUCGAACUCUGCUUUGGGGUUCUGAAAAGAUAG